AUGGCAGCCGGUGAUGACGCCCCGGCCAGCCCACUGCCUCCCAGACGGCCUCCUCUAGGCCACCGACACUCGAGUACAUCCUCGCAUGUGUCCCAGUCCCCGAGCGACUCGACCACCAAGGGACACCACAAAUCUGCGCAUCACAAGCCUCAGCGACAUGUCGUUAGCCAUCACAAUCGCAUGGGAUCGCGCAAUCCUAGCUUCCAUCGUUCUCUAAGCAAGAUCAAGAUCGCUCAACACGAUUCGCGCCAGCACGACGACGACGAGCCUCCAACUCCAAAGGCAAAACAACAAGCCUCGGUAGCAUCCCAGUCCACUCUUGUUCCGCCCAGUCCAUCCAGACCCAACAUGAGGCGCAACAACACAACCGUCCACCUUCCGCGCAACCACUCACAUGCCGGUCUCAAGAAAAACCUCUCCAGUGGCCAAUUGUCUCGUGCUGCUGGAGGGAAAACUACUGUACAUGGCCGCACUGCCAGCCAGCACCGACCCGAUAUUCGACGCGCUCACACACAACCAUACAAGCGAUCCAAAAGUCCUGCGCCGAAAGCUGGAAAAGUAUCUUUCGAUGUAGGCGACGAUGACGACGAUGACGAUGGUGAAGAAAUGGAAGGUGUCGAUGACCAAUGGACCGAAGAGAGCGCAUCAGCGUCACCCAGCACCACACGCGAUAACACACGGAACAACACGCGCCAGAACUCGGUCGUCCUCGAUCCAAAACAGAAUCCCUACGCUCGCCAGCUCGCCGAGGAAGAAGCUGCGGCGGAUUCCUCUGGAAGCGACACUGUUGGUUCGCGUAGUCCACCCAAAUCUACCAAAGCUCCCAUCUCUCUCAGCAUCCGUACCAAAGACUUUGCUGCUCCUCAACCCGCUCCUACCUCAGCACCACAGCAAUACCAACAACAACAGCAACCUCCAACCUCCUCAUACAAUGCCCAGGCCGCACAACAGCACAUGCCCGAUGCUGAUGCCAUAGCUCGUCGUCUGCUCGAAAGAAAUUCUUCUAUAAAUGCUGCGCCACCAAGGGUCUCGUCCGUUUCAGCUUUGGCAAACCCGAAUGCUAGCGAUCCAAAGAGCUUGUUGACCUCGAAUGCUGGCUUGUCUGUGACAGGUGGUUCUAACACACCAGUUGUGUCCCGCUUCAUCACGAACGAUGGCAUCAGUAGUAAGGACGGCACGCCAGCAGAAAUGUCGGGCUUCCUUCAGGGCGCCAAAGGUCACUCUCGUACUGUAUCGCAGGCUCAGACACGCAAAGAACAAUCCGACCUCUAUCGUAAUCAGUCCACUCCCAACUUUGCCUCACAGAAACAACCAUCGACACCGUCGGGCUCUGGUGCUGUAACCCCAGACCCGACUCUAAACCAGAGCAGAACACAACAGAAACUAUGGCUACAACGCGGUCUCUCCAACAUUGAAGCCAGCUCACAGCCCCACCUACCUGGUCUGUUGCCCACAGGCCGUGCCCAAGCCAUGCGCACCCCACACGCCGGCAAACAGUUUGAGUUUGUCGACAAGGAGUGGGCCGUCGUACGUCGCUUCCAAAAUCCACUUGAAGCAGGCCUCGAACGACUACGAAAAAUGAAUGGAGGCUCUUUACCUGGGCGACCAGCCAAGUCAAAAGCAGGCGCAGCACAACAACACACUAAUGGCGGUGUCAAUGGGCACAAGAGAGGACCUUCUAAUGCCGCGUCUAUUGCUAGUAAGAAGAGCGAUUCUACUGUUGUCGCAGGCUCGGAACAACCGACAGCAGGCAGAAAGUCUCGUGUCAGCUUCCACAUGGGCGAGGCCGAAGGCGAUAAUGACGACGACGAACACGAAGAGCAAAACUCACGCCCUGAUCGCGAAACCCCUGCAGACAUCGCUCGCAGAUUAUGGGAUGCGCCUGUCGGUAUACAGGUAGAGGGAUAG